AUGCCCUCCGAGAAGAAGGGCUCGUACCUGACGCUGAAGCGGAUGCGCAACUCGUCGCAGACCCCCGGCGAGCCGUUGCCCGACUACCCGUCAGCGAAAUGCCCGGAGGGAUGCCCGCCGCCGGUCCGCGGCACCGUCACCCUCAAGGAGCGCAACAAGCGCUGGCGCCGCACGCGCAGGUUCUACGCCGAGCUGGCCCGCGGCCACCUGAAGCUGUGGAAAAACAAGAAGGAGAAGGAGGACAAGGACGCCGGGCUCACGUCGGCAUGGUCGACAAAGAUUGAUAUCGGCGCCGUGACGGUGGUGCCCGAGAAGAAGCAGCAACGCUUUGCCCUCCAAUUCCCCAAGAAUACACAGAUCCUGGCCCCGGUGGACGCGUCGACGUACGACGUGUGGCUGGAAGGACUGCGCCACCAUCGCCUCUACAAACAGGCCGGAGGAGGAGGAGCGGCUGAAGGUACCAGCGGAGCCACCUCGCCGCCGCAGGACGCCUCCGGCGAGCUCGACGAGAAUGACAACCCCGUAGCCGCCCACUCCCCGGAUGACGGCUCGGCCCCUGCCAACGAGGAGAAGAAGAUGUGCGAGGGGCUCGAGGCGACCGCCAAGGUGAUGGACGACGCGAAGGAGCUGUUCGCCAUGUCGUUGGAAGUGGCGUCGAGUCUCGUCGGGACCGCCGAACAGCUCAACAAGUUGCAGCGGCAGAUGAAGGGCACCCUCGUCGAGAUGAAGCGUGAGGUGAUGGCGAUCAAGGCGGGAGGGCGAGGGCUGCAGCUGACGCCCGAGUCGUCGAUGCACACCGCUCGAUUCAAAUCGGCCGAGGAGCUCGAGGCGUUCGAGGACGCGAAGGAGAAGCAGAGCGCCGUCGCCCUGGAGCAGGAGAAGAACGAUCUGCUCGAGCGCUCGCGCAAAGUGUUGGAGGAGACGCAGCGCGUGGCCGAGCCCCCGUCCGAUCAGAUGAGCCAGACGUCCGGGGCCGUCGAGGAGGCCGUCACCGCCCCCAUGCAGCCGGUCGUUUUCUGCGCGCCGCGGCCGCGUCGCACCUGCCUGCCCGCGAAGAUGAUGGCCGCCGAGGGGCUCGGGAUGGGCGGGCUGGCCAGGAUGGCCCUCAGCAGGGCCGGCCUCCCCGUCUCCUUCUUCGAGCCGCUGUCGGCCAUCCAGUUCCUAUGCGAGGAGCUGCGCUACAAUCAGCUGCUGGCCCAGGCCGUCUCCGCCCGGGAUCCCGUCGAUAGGAUGGCGUUGGUGGCGGCGUUUGCCGUCUCGGGCUACUCGAACACGAAGGGACGCUCCCGGAAACCGCUGAACCCCAUCCUCGGCGAGUCGUUCGACUACGUCGAGCCGACGUGGCGCUUCCAUGGGGAACAGGUCUCCCACCAUCCCCCGAUCACGGCUGGCUUUGCCGAGGGCACGGGCUGGGUGUGGUGGCAGACGAUGGACCCGGUCACCACCACCUCCAAGCUGUCCGGAACCAUCGAGCUGACCCAAAGCCUGCCGAUCCGCCUGAAACUGGCGACCGCCGACGGGAUGGAGCAGUACGCCAUCGAAAAGGUGCACACCACCAUCGAGAAGCCAACGGACCCCGAGAAGAGGAAGGUGAGCCACACGGGCAAGAUGGUGAUCACGUCGACGAACGGGUACUCGUGCGAGCUGCACUUUGUCGCGAAUAGGGAGCUUCGCGGCGACAUCUUCAAGGGCGAGGUGGUGGCCUGUCGGCUGGCCGGCCACUGGGACAAGCAGUUGACCAAGGUCGCCACCACCGGUGCGCAGUCGUCCCUCUUCCAGGCGGCCGACGAGGAGUUCGGCGAGUACUAUGGCUUCAACUCGUUCACGAUGACGCUGAACGAGCCGGUGACGCCGGCCGACUCGGCCCCGCCUACCGACUCCCGGCUGCGCCCCGACCAGCGGGCCCUCGAGAACGGCAAUCCCGGGCAGGCGGCCAAGCUGAAGAAGAAGCUCGAGGAGGCGCAGCGCGUCCGCGGCAAGUCGCACGCCUUCACGCCGCUGUGGUUCGACAACAUGGGCGACGAGAUGACGCAGAAGAGCAUCUACAUGCCCAAUAUGAAGUACUGGACCGAGAAGGAGCGCCACUUUGCCGGCGUCCACUUUCCCGACAUUUUCACCGUC